AUGUCGCGAAGAUCGCAAAGCGCGACCAGGUCGCUCAAAGGCAUUCGAAAGGGCGAAUCGCCCCGCCUUGGUCAUGGGCAUGGACAUGGACAUGGCGAAAGGGGAGAGGGAGUGUUCAAAGCCAUGCGCUACGAGGAAACGGAGAAGGGUUUAGUGCCGCCCCGGCCAGUGCGCUCCAUCAGCGGCAACCGUACAGGGAAAAGUAGUUCGUUGAGUCUGGAUGGACCGCGCGAUGCUAUUGUUGGAGGAGGAGGAGCGAGGAGAGCAGGCGGAGGCGGAGGCGGAGGAGAAGGAGGAGGAGGAGGAGCAGGAGAAGCGGCGGCGGUUGCGGCGUGGGAAACAGGGUUGUACAACCAUAGCGGUCGACCAGCAUUGGCUGUACCACGCGACAGCAAGUGCGACAGCGCCAUUGCGCCUUCCCCGUCGCCCACCGAGGAAGUCACAACAGGCCCCCGGGCGACCAGAAGCAGUCCACCCCUGGUUCAGUCAUCCUCACAGCCUCUUCCUCCGCCGCCGCCGUCAGCUGCACCGACUCACGAUCCCCAUUGCGUGCCCUCGAUUGUCGUGGAGCAGGAUGAGGACGUCGCUGGCCCGUCGGAGCCGAGCACAAUACACACUGGUGCACGUACUUCUCCAUUCAGUCGAAAGCGUCAGAAGAAGCCUGCAGCGUUCCGCCAGCGCCUUGCCAGGUCGGCUUCGCCUCCUUCAACAUUCCGGAGAAUGGCGAGCUUUCGCGGACUGCAGGCAGCUCUGCCCGUAGUGGCUACCGAUGAUAUCAGUCUGGAAGAUCUGGCCAGCGAUCAGGUCGAAUUCUCCGCAAGAGGCAGUCUGCUGUUUGGAGGCAAGAAGAUGCAGGAGUUCCUCCGAGUGCAAGAGGAGGAGGACCAGGCUCGUGCCCGUGCCAGUGGAAUACCUAAGCGGCAGGGCUUGGUCGCCGGACGUAGGACACCGAGCAUACAGAUGCUGCAGGCUGCUAUACACGGCGGGAGAGUGCUUUCGGCGGAAGAGAUGACAUUCUCCAUGAAGGUGCGGAGCAUGUACGAGUACGGAGACGAGAAAGCUGCCAACUGGGGACUACCGUCAGCCAGACCUUUGAGCCCUGCCACGUCCGGCCAUGACACGCCAGAAACUUCCAUGCGAGAGAGCGUCACACCAGAAGUGGUCAUACACAAAACGCGAUCAUUCGAACAAGGCGACAAAGACGACAACUGGCCGUUGACUGAUGAGAACCGAUUGAGCUUCGUCUCCAAAUACUCCAGGACUUCUAACGAGCUUGCUGGCGGCAUUGAAGACUGGGAGGAUGUGGACGGGUCGCUCGUGGACCGGUAUGGGUUCAUCAUCCCAGAUCGAGGUGACUCAUCUGGUUCUAGCCAAUCUCGACCAGAACCGGGGAUGCAACGUGUGGCGACCGCCCUCCGCAUGGAAGCAGGUAAGCUACGAAGACCGCGAGAGCGGAAGCUUCGCCGAGGACUGAGUAGUGCUCGCUCGUCAAGAUCACAACCUGCGCCAUCGAAUGAAUCCAAUACGCGCUCGGCAUCAUCCGCUAGGACUGGCAAGUAUCCGUUCCGCUCGCGAAGCACACGACUCCUCGCCGAAGCAUCAGACAUGCUCACGCUGCCACCGGGGCUCGAGGACAUUGCCGAAAACGAGAAAACGGGCAAGACCGCACCCGUACAGAAACAGCGCGAGUGGGCGCGGGGCGAGAAAUGGCAAAGGAUGGCUAGGCCGGUCAAACGAGACAGGGAAGGCAAAGGCGGCGGCAUGCUUUUCGACUUCGACACUUCAGAUCCCAAAUUGAUCGAACGCACGUGGAAAGGCAUUCCCGACCGGUGGCGGGCGACAGCAUGGCACAGUUUUCUCUCGACUUCUGCCAAGCGAAGGGGCAGUCGUACGACAGAUGAAGAACUGAUAGGACAGUUUCACAAACUGCAAGAAAUGAGCUGCGCAGACGACGUCCAGAUUGACGUCGAUGUUCCCCGGACAGUGCAGUUGCAUAUCAUGUUUCGGCGAAGGUACCGCGGCGGACAGCGGCUGCUUUUCAGAGUACUGCAUGCAAUGGCGCUCUACUUCCCGAAAGUUGGGUAUGUGCAAGGCAUGGCUAGCAUCGCAGUGACGCUGUUAUGCUACUUCGAUGAGGAGCAUGCUUUUGUGAUGAUGGUGCGACUCUGGCAACUUCGUGGCCUCGAAUCGUUCUUCAUGGAGGAUUUCAAGGGUCUCAUGGCCGCUUUGGCCGAAUUUGAAGAAGACUGGCUUGGGAAAGGAGACGUGGCGAAACAGCUGGAUGAGCUCGGCAUCACGUCCCCGACUUAUGGCACGCGCUGGUACCUUACUCUGUUCAAUAUGUCUGUUCCUUUUCCGGCACAAUUACGAAUCUGGGACGUUUUUAUGCUCCUCGGUGACGCGGAAGCAACCGACGGUGCAACGAUACCACCCGGAAACGCAUUUGGUGGCGCAGACUUGGACGUUCUACACGCUACAAGCGCAGCGUUAGUAGAUGCGACAAGGAACAUUCUACUGGAAAGCGACUUUGAAAAUGCGAUGAAAGUCCUUACAUCGUUUGUCCCUGUUAAAGACGAGGAUAUCCUGAUGAGGGUCGCCAGAGCAGAAUAUAAGAUGCGGAAGAAAAGAGCCAGUCAUGCCAAGGCGUAGAGUGUCUUGACGAAUAGUCAGAACAGCAGCUUCUUGGCUGCGUGACUGUCCAGCUUGGUCGAGGUCUUGCAGACCCGGCGGUAUGGGCGGUGUAUACAAUGUCGACCCCUUUUUCCUUUCGAGGCGCGAGGAGUGGAAGUGGAAUAGCGGGUGUUGCGCAGCGUUCGGCAGGAACAUGGAAACAGCGAUGAUGUGAGCAAGGUGGUGGGCCCAAGACGACAAGUGGACGCCACUUUUUCUUUUUUGUGUUAUGAAGAUACCCUGGAUCGAUCACGCGAUUGUAAGUAAUAAGAGACCUAAUGUAAUACAGAGCGACAGCAGCAGUUAGAGAGCAA